GGCGGCGGCGGCGGCGGGGACGCGGGGACGCGGCUUUGUGCAGGCGAGGCGGGUCGCGGGACGCCCAUGGCGGAGUGCGGCCGGGGCGCCGCGGGCGAGGCCCUGCCCACCUCCCCGGGCCCGGCCCUCGGCGCCAAGGGCGCCCUGCGAGCGGGAGCCGGGGAAGGCGGCGGCGGCGGGGGAGGUCGCCUCGGCCACGGGCGGGCGCGCUAUGACAGCGGCGGGGUUUCCAACGGAGACUGCAGCCUCGGCGUGUCCGGGGACGAAGCCCGGGCCAGCCCUGCCAGGGGACCUCGAGGCGUGGCGCUCGCACGGACCCCUAGCCCGGCCGCCGCUCCCGUCCCCAGGGACAGCAAGCCGGGCGGCCUGCCCCGCCGGAGCAGCAUCAUCAAGGAUGGCACGAAACAGAAGAGAGAGCGGAAGAAGACGGUGUCCUUCAGCAGCAUGCCCACAGAGAAGAAGAUCAGCAGUGCAAGUGACUGCAUCAACUCAAUGGUUGAGGGUUCCGAACUCAAAAAGGUUCGCUCCAACUCCAGGAUUUACCAUCGGUAUUUUUUGCUGGAUGCCGACAUGCAAAGCCUGAGGUGGGAGCCUUCUAAGAAGGAUUCUGAGAAAGCCAAGAUUGAUAUCAAGUCUAUCAAGGAAGUGAGAACGGGGAAAAACACAGAUAUAUUCCGCAGCAAUGGCAUUUCUGAGCAGAUAUCUGAGGAUUGCGCAUUUUCAGUCAUAUAUGGAGAGAAUUAUGAGUCACUUGAUUUGGUUGCCAAUUCUGCAGAUGUUGCAAACAUCUGGGUGACGGGACUCCGAUACCUGAUUUCUUAUGGGAAACACACACUCGAUAUGUUAGAAAGUAGCCAGGACAACAUGAGGACUUCUUGGGUUUCACAAAUGUUUAGUGAAAUAGAUGUAGACAAUCUUGGACACAUAACCCUGUGUAAUGCUGUGCAAUGUAUAAGAAACCUCAAUCCUGGUUUAAAAACAAGCAAAAUUGAGCUUAAGUUCAAAGAGUUGCAUAAAUCAAAGGAUAAGGCAGGCACUGAAGUCACAAAAGAAGAAUUUAUUGAGGUUUUUCAUGAACUGUGUACUAGACCUGAAAUUUACUUCCUUUUAGUUCAGUUUUCAAGCAAUAAAGAAGUCCUUGAUACCAAGGACCUUAUGAUGUUUCUUGAGGCAGAACAGGGUGUAGCCCAUAUAAAUGAGGAGGUAAGUCUUGAAAUUAUUCACAAAUAUGAGCCAUCCAAAGAAGGGCAGGAGAAAGGUUGUCUCUCCAUAGAUGGGUUCACUAAUUACCUGAUGUCACCUGAUUGUUACAUAUUUGACCCAGAGCAUAAGAAGGUCUGUCAGGAUAUGAAGCAGCCACUGUCUCAUUACUUCAUAAACUCUUCCCAUAACACAUACUUGAUAGAGGACCAGUUCCGAGGCCCCUCUGACAUCACAGGGUACAUCCGCGCCCUUAAGAUGGGUUGCAGGAGUGUAGAAUUAGAUGUGUGGGAUGGGCCAGACAAUGAGCCUGUGAUUUACACAGGCCAUACCAUGACCUCCCAGAUAGUCUUCCGCAGCGUCAUCGACAUUAUUAACAAGUAUGCGUUCUUUGCAUCUGAGUAUCCACUCAUCUUAUGUCUAGAAAACCACUGCUCUAUUAAACAACAGAGAGUGAUGGUUCAGCACAUGAAGAAAAUUUUAGGAGACAAGCUGUACACAACCUCCCCCAACAUGGAGGAGUCCUACCUCCCGUCCCCAGACGUCCUGAAAGGGAAAAUACUAAUCAAAGCAAAGAAGCUGUCUUCAAACUGCUCAGGAGUGGAAGGAGAUGUGACUGAUGAAGACGAAGGGGCAGAGAUGUCUCAGAGGAUGGGGAAGGAGAUUGUGGAACAGCCCAGCCAGCUGCCCGUGAAGCGCUUUCAACUUUGCAAAGAGCUGUCUGAGCUGGUGAGCAUCUGUAAGUCAGUCCAGUUCAGGGAAUUUCAGGUGUCAUUUCAGGCACAGAAGUACUGGGAAGUGUGUUCGUUCAAUGAAGUGCUUGCUAGCAAAUACGCCAACGAGAACCCUGGGGACUUUGUCAAUUACAACAAGCGCUUUCUUGCCAGGGUCUUCCCUAGUCCCAUGAGAAUUGACUCUAGUAACAUGAACCCUCAAGAUUUUUGGAAAUGUGGGUGUCAGAUUGUAGCCAUGAACUUUCAGACUCCGGGACUAAUGAUGGACCUCAACAUCGGCUGGUUCCGGCAGAAUGGAAAUUGUGGCUACGUUCUCCGACCAGCCAUCAUGAGAGAGGAAGUCUCCUUCUUCAGUGCCAACACGAAGGACUCUGUCCCCGGAGUCUCGCCUCAGCUGCUGCAUAUCAAAAUUAUCAGUGGCCAGAACUUCCCCAAGCCCAAAGGGUCAGGUGCCAAAGGUGACGUGGUGGAUCCUUACGUGUAUGUGGAAAUCCACGGAAUCCCCGCUGACUGUGCCGAGCAAAGGACGAAAACCGUGAACCAGAAUGGAGAUGCGCCCAUUUUUGAUGAAAGCUUUGAAUUUCAAAUCAACCUCCCUGAACUGGCCAUGGUGCGCUUCGUAGUGCUGGAUGAUGACUACAUUGGGGAUGAGUUUAUUGGCCAGUACACGAUUCCCUUUGAAUGUUUACAGACGGGCUACCGCCACGUCCCCCUGCAGUCCCUGACUGGAGAAGUCCUUGCCCAUGCUUCUUUGUUUGUCCAUGUGGCUAUUACUAACCGAAGAGGAGGAGGGAAGCCCCAUAAAAGGGGCCUUUCCGUGAGGAAAGGGAAGAAGUCCCGGGAAUAUGCAUCUCUGAGAACACUGUGGAUUAAAACCGUAGAUGAGGUGUUCAAAAAUGCCCAGCCCCCCAUACGGGAUGCCACAGACCUGCGAGAGAACAUGCAGAACGCAGUGGUAUCAUUCAAGGAGUUGUGUGGCCUCUCCUCGGUGGCCAACCUCAUGCAGUGCAUGGUGGCUGUGUCACCUCGGUUCCUAGGGCCUGACAACACCCCACUGGUGGUCUUGAAUCUUAGUGAGCCCUACCCCACCAUGGAGCUGCAGGCCAUCGUGCCUGAGGUUCUGAAGAAGAUUGUAACGACCUAUGACGUGAUGAUGCAGUCUCUCAAGGCUCUGGUUGAGAAUGCGGAUGCCGUGUAUGAGAAGAUUGUGCAUUGCCAGAAGGCAGCCAUGGAAUUCCAUGAACACUUGCACAGCAUAGGCACUAAGGAGGGCCUGAAGGAACGGAAGCUGCAGAAGGCCGUGGAGAGCUUUACCUGGAAUAUCACCAUCCUGAAGGGACAAGCGGAUCUUUUGAAAUAUGCUAAGAAUGAAACCUUGGAGAAUCUGAAGCAGAUCCAUUAUGCAGCUGUUUCUUGUGGACUGAACAAACCAGGAACUGAAAACUCUGAGGCCCAGAAGCCACGCCGGAGCCUGGAAGUCAUCCCUGAGAAAGCCAGUGAUGAAAAUGGAGACUAGGGGCCUCCCUACCAUGGUAGAGUCGCAACCCUAGGGCCAGUCACCGAGUGUGCUGCACUCACUGAGGAAAAUACCUGGGAUUUCAAAGCACAACUGGAAUACUGAUUGCAGUCUGCUACAGCUGUGAAAUGUGUGCAGGAACCCCUGUGUGAAGGCAAAUAAACUCUUGAACAAGAAAUUGUAUCCCUGGCCCAAACAUGCUGUAUUUACACAAAACGCCCCGCGUCCCACUGUGAAGCAGGGCGUUCUUUCUGGCUCUCUCUGGUUCCAGAAGAAACAGCCUUUUCCUACGUGAAAACAGUUUGCUCAGGUGGAAGUAGAUUGCAUUGUUUGUAUUUAUUGGUGAGAGGCUAAUCUGCAUAUCUUACUUGUGUGUGUGUGUGUGUUUGCCAGUCUUGGGGCUGCCGAGGAUUCGGUGGCAGAAUGGAAGAGCUGCCUGGCUGAAAUGGGCCAUGUCAGCGUGGGCAGCCGGAUGGAAGUGGCACCUUGUACAAAGUUUUUCAUUGUAUGUUGUAGUGUUCACAUUAAAGAUAUCUUUUAUGAUAUUUCUCCAACAACA